AUGUGGGCAAGCCCUUAUGUAAAGAGGGUGGAAUUGGCCCUCAAACUUAAUGGCAUACCCUAUGAAUAUGUGGAAAAAGACUUGAAGAACAAAAGCCCAUCACUCCUCAAGUUGAAUCUUGUUCAUCAGAAAGUUCCAGUGCUUGUCCACAAUGGAAAACCGAUUGUUGAGUCUCUUGUCAUCCUUGAAUACAUCGAUGAAACCUGGAAAACUGGACUUCUUCCACAAGAUCCCUAUAAAAGAUCCCAAGUUCACUUAUGGGCCGGCUUUAUGCAACAUGUGUUUGAGAGCAUGGUCUCAGUGUUGAAAACCAGUGGGCAAGCACAAGAGAAAGCCAUCAAAGAAGUGAGUGAGAAACAAAAUCUGCUUGAAGAGGGACUGAAGGGUUUCUACCCUAAUGGAUUUCCCAAGUCGUUUGACCCUAAGAAUGUUGGACUCCUAGAAGUGGUCAUUCUUGCACACUUACGGGUAUAUGAGGCUCGGGAAGAAGUCAUUGGAUUUAAGGUCAUAGACCUUCAAAUAACUCCACUCAUAUAUUCAUGCAUAAGAGCAAUGACUGAGAUACCUGAGGUGAAAGAGGUGAGCAAUCCUCAUGAGAAAGUGGUGGCUUUCCUCAAGUUUUUCAGAAAUAAAGCUAUUAAAUCUUCUGACUGA